AUGCUCUCACGCGCUGAGACGCCGCCUCCUCGUCGGUGCCCCACGUCUGGGGACGAGUGGACGAAAUCGCCCGUAUCUGCAAAGGCGAAGGAUGGUGAGCUGAUGACGUCUCCGAUCGAGCGCGGAAAAGCUUUGUGGACGCCAGCGCAGGAUUCCUGCUUCUCCUCGCAGUCGUCUCCCUCGACCCGCGCCUCUUCCUUGCUGCUCUCGCCUGCCUCGCAGCAGCGCAGCGCUGGCAAGGAGAAUCGAGCUCCUCGCAUCUCCGGACAAACGCCAAGUCGUCUCCCGACGGUGCAGGAGAAUGAUGGAAUGCCAGCUCCGGAGGAGGUGCCUUUGGCCGCUGAGCCGUUGUCGCCAGUGAAGAGGCCCAUCCUGGAACUGCGUGCCGCGGAUCCACCAGUGAAGAACACCUUCAUCAACUUCGAGUCUCCGAACAAGACGCGUGCGCUGAGGUCCCCACCCAAGACGGAGCCACCAUCUUUUGCGCCGGAGUUCGUGGAGGAUCACGUGCAGUACCAAGGUGUGCCCUUCCCUCCACCGGACCCAGCGUGCCUCUCCCUUGCGGGCUCCUUCGAUGCCGUUGGCGACGGCUCCUCUGACCGUGGCCUUACCGUCCGUAUCUCCGACUACCUCCCAGACUUUCCAGAGGGCCCGAGGCAGAACAAGGGCAUGCCUCUGCGGCUGUCAGACUAUAUGGGAUCUGAUGUGGAGGCCAUGCCGGCAGCAGCCUAUGGAGGAUCGGAGAUGUACUGGAACCAAACGCCUCCAUACCAACCGGAGGCAGUGCAACAGCUCCCCGCACAGAUGCUCGCAGCGUUGCACUCGGCUCCUAUGGAGCAGUUCAUGGCCCAGCUACACGUUGAUCCGAUGCAAGUGCAGCACUACGUGGCACAAAUGCUGCAUGUGCAGCAACCUGGUCCGCAACCGCACGGAGAGACUUUUCCGGUGCAGCAGCGCGACGACAACAUGUGGACGCAGUCGAUGCCACCGCCUGGACCUUCCAUGGGGCCCAUGGGCGGAGGCUUUUAG